UAAAAAAACUAUUUAUGAAAAUGGUGUUAAAUGCGAUGAAAAUAUUGUGUGGUUUGAUUUUAUUGUUCCAAUUGGUUGUUAUUAAGUUGGCAACGUGCUCCACAUUAGAUUUGUACAAAAAUGCUCGGCUCGGCACGAGGAUCGUGCAGACACGAUACGGUCGACUGCAAGGGCUCAUCUUGCCAUUAGAUAGCUAUAAAUUUUUACGUCCGAUCGAAGCAUUUUUGGGCGUACCGUAUGCGACUCCACCGAUUCAAUCCAACAGAUUUAGUCCAACACGCGCACCGUCACCGUGGAAUGGAAUUCGAAUAUCCGAUAAAUUUAGUCCCGUCUGUCCGCAACGCCUACCAAACAUACAAAACGAAACGGGUGCAUUGGAAAAAAUGCCAAAAGGUCGUCUGGAGUACUUAAAACGAUUAUUGCCAUUUCUGCAAAAUCAGUCCGAAGAUUGCCUCUACCUCAAUAUCUUCUCUCCAGCUCAUGCUGCUGUGACGGAUAAAAAGUUGCCGGUGCUUGUGUUUUUGCAUGGUGAAUCGUUUGAGUGGAACAGCGGAAAUCCGUACGAUGGUACCGUUUUGGCAAGCUACAGCGAAAUCGUCGUUGUAACAUUAAAUUAUCGAUUAGGCAUAUUAGGUUUCCUCAAUGCAAAUCCAAGUCCUCAAAUAAGAGCACGAGUCGCGAACUAUGGCCUAAUGGAUCAAAUGGCAGCACUGCAUUGGGUUCAACAAAAUAUUAAUCGUUUUGGUGGUGAUCCAAAUUCUGUGACAUUAGCUGGACAUGGUAGUGGUGCGGCAUGCAUUCAUUUUCUCAUGACAUCACCAACAAUGGUACCAGGCCUAUUUCAUCGUGCCAUUUUAUUAUCCGGCUCGGCAUUUUCCUCAUGGGCACUAGUCGAAGACCCGGUUAUUUAUGCACUCAAAUUGGCUAAAGAGGUCAACUGUACAAUUCCCGAAGACUUAAUCAAAAACCAUGAACACAUUGUUGAUUGUUUACGUGAGAUUCCAUUGGAUGAAUUGUAUGCAACUGAUAUUCAGGCGCCGAGCUUUCUCACUGCAUUCGGUCCAUCGAUUGAUGGUGUUGUUAUUCGAAAUGGAAUGAACAAUCAAGAGCCUGACGAUAGUAUAACGAGAAAUUCAAAACGUUCACCCGAAUCGGGUAAUCGGUAUGAUUUAAUGUUUGGAAUUGUAACCGGCGAAGCCAUAUGGCGUUUCAGUGCGUCUGACAUACAAAACGGUUUCGAAGGUGAUCGUCGAGACAAAAUUCUUCGAACGUAUGUACGCAACGCAUAUACAUACCAUCUGAGUGAAAUUUUCUAUACGAUCGUAAAUGAAUAUACGGACUGGGAACGUACGUCACAGCAUCCAAUAAAUACACGUGAUGCAGCCGUUGCUGCAUUGUCGGAUGCUCAAUUUGUAGCGCCACUUGUUCGUACAGGUGAUAUGUUAGCACCGUCAGCCGUUCAACCGGGCCAAGAGAAAAUCGGACCAAAAUGCUUUUUCUAUGUAUUCGAUUAUCAAACAAAAGACGGUGAUUACCCGCAACGAAUGGGAGCCGUACAUGGUGAGGAUUUACCAUACGUAUUUGGAGCCCCGUUGGUUCAAGGUUUUUCACAUUUUCCAGAGAAUUAUACGAAGUCGGAAAUCAGUCUCUCUGAAGCAAUCAUGACCUAUUGGAGUAAUUUUCUCAGAACAGGUAAUCCGAAUGAACAUCAUCGGCAGGAUCCCGUUUUGCCAGCAUCAAAAGAGCGCAAUCGCUUUCGAAGUGUUGUUUGGGAUGAAUAUGAUUCGUUGCAUCAAAAAUAUUUGGAAAUCGGCAUGAAACCUCGUAUUAAAAAUCAUUUUCGCGCUCAUCAACUAUCAAUUUGGCUACGUUUAAUACCCGAACUACAUCGAGCCGGCAUGGAAGACGUUAUCACGAGGCAUAAUCUAUUUAAAAACCACGAUGACAUGGAUUUAUACGAUGGUCCAGUUAAAUUAGAUUCGUUGUCACGUUUAGCAUUUCUAGAAGAGACAUUCAAGCAACGACGGAAUAAUGGCACGAAUAACGAAUAUAGCCUAUUAAAUAUUAAUGGAAUGACAACGGUAGAACCAUCACUGCUCACCACUUGUAUUCCACUGGGCAAUUACAGUGCAUUAGCACCAACGAGCGUGACUAACGUUACAACGUCGGCCGACACUUUGGCCGGUUUCGAUUCAGCUGCCGGCUAUGCUGCAUACAGUACAGCAUUGAGUGUCACCAUUGCAAUUGGUUGCAGUCUUUUAAUCUUGAAUGUGUUAAUAUUUGCCGGUGUAUAUUAUCAACGGGAUAAAACGAGACUUGAGGUGAAAAGCUUACAAAAACAAUAUCAACAACGUAGUGGCAUUCUGCAUCAACAACCGCCAUUCGAUCCAAUCAAACAUGCUCAUUACCACAUGAAUCAUUCGCAAAGCGCCAAUGUAAUUGUUGACGUAGAAAAUCAUCAUCAUGACAAUAGCGGUGGCACACUAUUAUUGACAAGUAGUGACAUCAAGUCACCGCACAUCUGUUCGAAUGCCAUGCAAAUAUCGACGAGUGGUACAACAACCAACGCCACCGGUGAUAAUGUUUGUCAAACAAAAGUACCGUUAAGUGAAACCACAACAACAUCAUACAAUACAAAAAGCAACCAUCGUGGUCAAGGAGUUGGCGAGCACGUGGUUCAAACGAUUCCAAUCAAACAACAAUCGACACAACAACAACAAUUCAAUCGAAAUACUUCGACUUCAUACAAUAGCAUUGGUAUGAUGACCUUGCCGAAAGGAGGCUUAAAUAGUAGCCUCAUGCAACAGCAACAUCAUCAACAGCAACAGCAACAACAUUUAUCGUCUAUUAGCUAUGGUCCAAGAGACACUGCAACACUUCCACGAAACAUGAGUUCACAAACAAAUGUCAGCAGUAAUUUAGAGGCUAAACAAAGUAAAUUGUACCAUCCGGCCCAACAGCAUUUGCCAAAUGGUAAUGCCACGCUAAUCGACAGUGGAUGCAAUGCAUCAUCUAGUAAUUCAAAUAAAAUACCGCCCCGACCACCGAUUCGCUCGACAACAACCACUACAACCGUAUCAAUAGCAGGCACCGUACCAUGCUCGGUAUUGUCAACGCAACACGAUCAAAGCGCUCUGGUUUCAAUGUGCAGCCAACUAAAUAGUGCCACCAAUAAUUUGUCCAAUGAAUCGCCAAAUGUGAAAUUCGUACUUACACAAACAAAUGCUCAUCACAAGCAACAUCCACAACAACAACAACAACAACAGCAACAGCACCACCACCAAAAACAACCAAUACCUCAAGCUGCCAUGAAUGAAAUGCGAGUUUGAUAGCAUACAACUAACCAACGACCGCACGGAAAUAGCAUUUACGAAUUUAAUACGGCAUUCUGAUCAUCGUUGCGGCCUACACAACACGAAUAUGAAUUAGGACAAUUUACCGAACAAAUCGACAACAAAUAAACGGAGAAAAAAAGAGACAGAGAGAGACAGGAGGGGAGGGGGGUGAAAAAAGCAUACACGAAAAACCAAUUGAUUUAUGUAUUUUAUUAUUAUUUAAAAUAAAAGGCGAUUACGAAUCCAAAUAUGUUUCGGGAACGAACGAACGGAGAGCAUGAAAAUAUAUCAUUAACAAAUUUAAGUGACAAAAACACAAACACACACUGACAUACAUACUAACGAACAACUCAUAUAGAUACAUCUGCAUACCAAUGUAAUUAAUUCACGCUAUCUUUAAACAAAUAUUGAACAAAAUAGUCAAAUUUGAUAAACCCAACUAAAAAAACGAAACGAACAAAAUCAACUGAUAAAUAUCCAAAUAAAAUAAAAUAGAUUUUUAAAAAAAUACACAUAUAGACAGAAAAAUCCACACUAGUAAUAUGUAAUAAUAUUCGAAACUACAAAUACAUGUAUUAAUUGACACUAUUAUGACUUAUGACCAUUCGUAUUGUAUAAUUUACAUCCAAAAGCACCGUUUUAUUAUGAAAUGUUUUAACAAAUGUAAGAGAACGAAAAAAUGAGGCCCAGCAAAAUUCGUUAAUAAUAUGGUUAACCCCUCAUGGCUUAUCCUUUGCGAAACAUAGUAAAAUACAACAAUAAUCCAACAUUGUUGAAAUGAAAGCAUUUAUUAUAAAUUUAAUCAGAAUUUAUAACGGAGUGUAAAAUGUAGAAGAUCAGAGAGAGAGAGAGAGAGAGUAAAAAUUAAAAAAAACAGACGACGAUGAUUGUAAAAAAUGUAUGGUGUUGAUGUGGUUAAUUUUUAACGAUAGCGCAAAAACUAUACGAAAUUUAUACAUAUUAAAUAAUGAAACACAUGCAUAAUAUUGUUUGCAAACGUGCACCAAAUCCAAAAAUGGCCAAAAAUGACUGAAAUUGCUAUUUUUAAUGAUACACAGCAACUGAAAAUCGCCAUUUAAAAUGGAAAAUUUCCAAUAUAAAUUCAAUCUAUUUGUGUGCAUAUUUUUUGUUCGCUUUCACCCAGCAAAUCAAUCGAUGAACGGUCAAGAGUAAAUAUUCGAUCGUAUACAGAGUAGUUUUUUUUAUUAUUGUUGUUUAAUUUAACCGAAAAUAAUCUAUUAAAUCUAAUUAACCUGAUGAUUCAAUUUAAAUAUGAGUGUAUUCAUCCUUGGUACGAGAUUUUAUUCCUUUGAAUAGAAACUAAUUAAUUCAAUAAUCAACAGUUGCAUUUCAGUUAGACCUGUAUUUGUAUCGUAUUUCAUGAAAUUCAAUGAUUUUGUCCAAUUUUGCCUCCAUUUUUCUAUUGCAAUUAAAUUUGUUUUCGAUUUGGUAUUUGUACAUUUGCAUGCAUGCAUAAAUUAACA